AAAUUCAAAUACUACCACUAUCAAUACCAGCAUUGAUGAUAUCUCUGACAAGAGUGAAAGUGCUUUCAAAAAAAUAACAGGAUUAAUGCCAUAUAUUAAAUGCGUUAUUAGAGGAUUCUCCCGAAUCCUUAAUUAUGAAAUAAUCGAGCCUUUUGACACAUUUAUUAAUGAAAACACAUGGACAGUUAAAGUAUUAUCAAUUUUUCUUGAACCAUUAUUAGAUUCUGUUCCUAAUAUAAAAAUUUCUUGGGCUGAACAUCAUUCAAUUGCUUCCAAAGCAUGUAUAAACGUUGUUAAAAAAACUGAUGAGGAAAGGCCAGGCCAUAAGGUUGAUUUUAACGUCACGUGGCAAGAUUAUUGGAAAAAAGAAAAAUGUGAGGUAAUUGUGGGAGAAUUUUCUGGAAAACCUUUUGAGCCUCUUCCUGAUAAGUGUUAUAAGGAUAAAUGCAAGCUUUUCCGAUGUAUGAAAGAUAUCCUUGAUCUUUGUAUUUCAAGAAUUCUUAAAUUUUGCAGUGGGAUGAUUAACAAAGAGAUAUGUAACAUCAUUCAAACCAUGCAAGUUUUUGGAGUACACACACAUGGUACGUAUAAAAGUGUUGAAGAGUUACUUCAAAAUGUGUUUUCAUUUUUCGAUUAA